UCAAGCAGUGUUGCGCAUUGUUUGCUGCUGAUAUACUUUUAAUAUUUAAAAAUAUAUGAUAAAUAAUAUUUGUUUUAUGUUAUUGUUUUAUAAUAUUUAUUUUUGUGUUUGCUGCUUAGCAGUUCAAUCUGAAAAAGAAUCACUUAAUUGCCCAAAUAUUCUUUUUAGUGUAACUGUGUGAGUUUUCUGUUGUCUCUGAAGAUGUAUGAAAAUGCCCAAUUUAAAUAUGCCACUGAGGCACCCACAGUGAGUUCCCAAGUGGCACAGUGGUUUCAGUCAGUUGAUAGAGACAGAUCUGGAGAAAUAAGUUGGCAAGAACUUCAAUCUGCCCUAGUCAAUGCUGAGGGUCGCAACUUUAAUGAAGUUGCAUGCAGACUUAUGAUAGGUAUGUUUGAUAAAGAUAAGACAGGAACUAUUAAUGCCAAUGAGUUCCAGCAGCUAUACAACUAUAUUAAUGAGUGGCUUACUACGUUUAGGAUGUAUGAUAAAGAUCAGUCUGGAAAUAUUGAAGAAGCUGAAUUAACACAGGCAUUUCAACAAAUGGGCUACCGUUUUACCCCUGAAUUUAUGACCUUUCUCAUACAAAGAAGUGACCUAAAGGAUCAUAAGAAAAUGUCUAUAGAUCAGUUUAUAGUAACUUGUAUCCAAAUUCAGAGGUUUACAGAAGCAUUUAGAACCAAAGACACAGAACGGGCGGGAGUAAUUACCAUAGGUUUUGAAGAAUACCUUGGGAUAGCAUUAAACUGUUCAACAGUAUAGUUGUAUUAGAAUCUUUCCAUUUUCGUUAUGUAUUCUUAGAUUCUUAAUUUUAUAUAAACACUAAUUUUUUGCAAAAAGUUUCUUUCAUAAAUUUAACGUUUUCGGAUAUAAAUUAUGAUAAUAUGGAAGGUAAUUCCUUCGAUUCUUAAAAAUCUACAUACCUAUGCAACCUCCUUGUUUUUCUAACUUCUUUUUCCCACUAUAUUUUUUUAAAUAUAUAUCCCAGUCUAAAUGAUUUAAAGCUGUAGGAUACAUCCGUUUUUGGUGCAAUAGGCAAAGUAAGAAUUAGUAUUUUCCCUGAAAAAAUUGGAAAUAUUAAUCUUAAAGCCCCUCUUUGCUAAUUUGGUACUUUACCUGUACCCUUUAGCUACAAGUAAUUAAUUUCCGCACUAUGCAUAUAAAUAUAAUAUUUUUUCAAACCCACAAAGCAAGUAUAAACUCAUAAAUAUAUCUGACUUAGCUACUUGCCAUUCCUGAAGUUUUACAUGAUUAUAUGGCGUCCUUUUAGUUUUUAAAUUUGGCUGUACUAAUUAAUGCUAGUCCUCUAAAAUAUACUUUUACCUUUUGCGGCACAAUCUAUUUUUACCUUUAAGAGUAAUUAUUAACAUAAGUCAAAUUAGUAUAUUGAAUAUUUUUUAUUAACAUUUAUCUCUAGAAAGUUAAUGGCUGGAGAUCUACAGGCUUUAUAAGAAUUCCUAUAAAGUAAACCAUUGACAAGUAUUUUAUAUGUCUGUUAUAUAAAAACAGUAUUUGUUACUGCGAAAUGUGGUUAUGUAAGAACUCGUUCCACUACAAAAUUAAUCCAGCCAAUUAAAAAAGAAUUGUUGGAUAUUUAAUAAAGGAAAUGCUUUAAUCGUGUAA